AUGAAUAAAGAGAAAGUGGUAUUAUUCUCUCCAGAAUAUUCUCCAGAGUUAGCUAAAAGGAUUAAAAGUAUCUAUAAAGAUGACAUUAAGCAUUAUUAUUCACAGUUGAAAUUAGAGAAACUAAUUGAUCUAUUGGAACAUACACAGUAUUUAUUUGAACUCUACGUAAGGUUUGUCAAUGAUAAAAAUGAUAAUGAUUCACUUACGUCAUACAUAAUUGGUUGCUUUUAUGUGUACCUAAUAAUGCCAAAAUCUAUCCAAUUCCAAACUAAAAAUAAAGAUUAUAGUAUAUACACUGAUAUGAAAGCAAUAUAUGAGGGACAAAUGAAUAUGACAAAUGUACGUCUGAUGGUAAGGGAUGAGAUUGAUCAUAUACUAGAUCGCACAAGCCCCGAACAAAUUAAUCUUACACAACUAAUGGAAAGGAAAAGAGCAUAUUCAGUGCCAGAUGAUUCAAUAUCGGAAUCCUUACAGAAGUUAAAAAUUAAUGACCCAAUGAUAACGACAACUACUAAAAAUUUAGAUGAAAUCAUACCUUAUAAGAAUAAUCAAAAUGGUAGCCAACCAGCGGGUUCAAGUUAUUCAAGCUCCAUAACUUCAACAGAAGAUGAUGAAUAUAAUAGUAGUAAUGUGUUCAGUGGCCAUCAAGACACUGAUAGACUACCAAUCAAUAGUGAUAGUGAACUAUUUACUGAUGAAGGUGACUCUGCCUCCCAAUUAUGGACUGCUCCUGCAUUAGAACCCAAUGAUCAAUUGAAAAUAGCAUUGUAUUCAGAACCACUUACACUACCAGCUAUUCCAACAGAAGAGGAUUUUUCCCAACCGAUCGAAUUCCCCAAAUACAAUGAAGUAAAUGAAGGCGCCAAUGCAUCUAAUAUAUCAGGUACUAAUAAUACUAUAAGUGAUAAACGUGCACCUUUACUUCGUGCAAGAACUGAAAGUAUUGCAAUGUCAAUGUUUGACGAGUCUAACAACCGAAACCUUUACGAAAAUAAUGCAUACCCAUACUCAAAUUACAGGAAGAGCCCACUUGGUAGUAGUGAGGAAUUGAUAGCUGAUAGAAGUUUGACACAUAGAAAAAACUCAUAUCAUUCCGUUUAUAUGAUGGAGAACGACAACGAUGAAUUAAAAAAUGAAAAUUAUUAUGAUCAAACAGACGAUUUUAUUCGGUCUAUAGAAAGGUUAGAAAAACAGAGUAUCAUAACUGCCCCAGAAUUGUUUUCAAUUUUAACAAACCCUAUUGAUAGAAAGAAACUAUUACUGAUUGAUUUAAGAUUAGAGAAAAGGUACGCCUAUAAUAAUAUAAUUGCUGAUAAUUAUGUCCAAUUGGAUCCAACUGUUUUAUGGGAUUCUGAAAAGGGUACACCAAUAUAUGAUAUCAAAAUCAUCGAACAAUCAUUAAAUAAUGAGUUGUUUACUCAUAGAAAUGAAUUUGAUUAUAUUGUGUACUAUUCUGAUAUGAAAACAUACAUGAAAUUAAAUUUCGAUUAUCACUUUGUAUUGUUUUACUUACUUAUUACUUCAGUAAAAUCCACUGAUAAAUUUAAACGUGCUCCAACAGCGUUGUUAGGUGGGUUUGAGAAAUGGAAGAAAAUGAUGCAUAAAUAUACAAAGGAAUACGAUAUAGAUGUCAGACAAUAUAUAUACGGCCCUUACGAUAGAGAAGGUAAGAAGAUUAGUCAAACUGUAGCAUCACCUACAAAUACUGAUUCUAAUAACGAUAGACAAGCACCUUAUCCCUCUGAGAAAGUAUCCAAUAAUAAGUUUCCAGAGGCACCAUCAUUUAGGCCACCAGAGGUUCCUUUCAGGAUAAGGAAAAGACCUCCGCCUCCACCUCCGGCAACAAGACCCAAGACCCCUCCACCUCCAAUGUUGGCACCGCCAGGGAUACCGCCGAGAUUACCUGCUAAAAUAAAAAUGGAAAGGAAUAGUAAUAGUCCAAUCACCCGCAUUCCUUCACACAUACCAGUACUCCCAUCAACCAUCCCAGAGAAUAGACAAAUGACAAAGUUCGAAUUGUUUGAAAAUAAAAAUAAACAAUCUGUCAAAACAAGAAGUUACUCUAUUCCAACAAUCGAAAAAAAUUCAAAUAUAUUUGUCUCCUUAUCAAUUACAGGUUUAAGAAACUUGGGGAAUACUUGUUAUAUUAAUAGUAUGAUACAAUGUCUAUUCUCUACAACAGCCUUUAGGGAUUUAUUUCUGAGUAACGAGUAUGAAAAAUACUUAAAUAUGUCAGAUAAACAUAUUUCUGCUAAUAGCAGGAAGCUUUCACUAUCCAAGUCUUUGAAUAUUCUCUUCAGAAAAAUGUACUUAAACGGAGGUUGUUCUGUAGUUCCUAUUGCAUUUCUAAAAACAUGUAGUAUAUUAAGACCCGAUUUAAAAAUUCCAGAUGAUCAACAGGAUACACAAGAAUUUUUAAUGCUAAUGCUUGAUAGAUUGCAUGAUGAAUUAUCAAAACAAAAUGAGGUGGUUAAUAAAAAUCCAAAGCUACUGUUGUAUGACACUGCUCAUCUAAAAGUUAAUGAAAAGGAGUAUAAGAAAUGGUUUGAUGAAAAUGUAAUGGGAAACGGAUUAUCACCAAUUGAUGAUUUUUUCCAAGGUCAAAUGGAAAGUUGUUUACAAUGUGAAAGGUGUGGAUAUUGUACAUACAAUUAUUCGAGCUUUUAUGUGCUAUCUUUAGCUAUUCCAAAAAAGCAAAAAAGUUUUACGAAGUUAUCGAAAAGCAUUAAUCUUGAAGAUUGUAUUAGUAUGUUUACUGCUGAUGAAAUUUUAUCUGGUGAGAAUGCAUGGAAUUGCCCUAGAUGUUAUGAGGAACAAAAGAGGAAAUUAUUAGAAAAGAAAAAGAAAGUGAAGCAAAGUCAAAACUUACAAAUUCCAACUAAAUCCCAUGAGAGAAGUCGUGAAAAACAUUCCAUCUUCAAAUUUGGUGGUUCAAAGAGAAAGAAACCCAAGACCAUUAACAGGUCAUUAUCUCCAUUUAGAUUAAUUAAAAGAAGCGAAUCAAAGAAUCGUGAACAAGAAAAUUCUAUCCCAAUAACUAGCUCAUCUGAAGCUGAUCACAGAUAUAACACUUAUGAAGAAUCAGAAGAUGAUUUUGAUGAGUUAGAUGAUGAGAAAUUAAGGCAUUGGAAGAAUAAGAAACUUGUUACCGUAAAGACAUUGAAUUUUAUUACUUUACCCAAAGUUUUGAUGAUCCACUUAUCUCGAUUCUACUAUGAUCUAACCAAGAAGAAUAACACUAUUAUUACAUAUCCAUUAAUUCUAACUAUGACUUUAAAAAAUAAAGAGGUUGUGAAAUAUAGACUAUAUGCUCUUGUUAACCAUACUGGUAAUUUGAUAAGUGGUCAUUAUACAUCUUUGAUCAAUAAAGAUUACGAUCAUAGUCUGGGAGGUAAGGAACAAAAAUGGUAUUAUUUUGAUGAUGAAGUUGUUAAAGAAGAAAGGAAUCAUGGUAACAUAGAUAACGGUAUUAAUAAGAUAUCAAGUAAAGAUGUUUAUGUUUUAUUUUACCAAAGAAUUAAUUAG